UUUUAAAAGCUGCUUGAGCUGCGCAGGAAGGCAGAUGGGCAUCGCUUCGUUUUUGGCCAUCAUUUUGCACUGAAAACUGCUUUCGGAGUGGCGAAAAUGUACACUGCUGUUCUGCUCUUUGCCUUCGUGUGCUGGACUGCCUCUGCCCAUGCAGAUCAUCAUCAGCCUUGUCGUUCACCCAAUAUGACCGGAUCACUUUCAGUGAUGGGAGGAAGGGCUGAAACGAAAGCAGUCGGACUUUUCACGUACGACUCGAUGAAUAAGAAACUCCGCUUCCAGUCGAACUCAAGCCUUCCCUUGAACGUAACCUUGGAUCUGGACCUCUUGGUGUUCUUUGAGGAGGGGAUAUUAUACAAGAUCGACAGCAAAAACCAGAGCUGCGAGAAGAAGGCGCUGCAGUCCAGAAAGCACCCUUUUGCUCUUCCCAGUGAUGCCACCUUCAUGACCACAAUGACCUCUGGGAGCGCCUUCAUUGAGGGGGAAGGCCUGAAAUUUCAAAUAUGGACAACGCCAACACCGGGCUUUAAAGGCCAAAGCAUCAUGUGCACAACCAUGGGGUGUUUACCUCUGAGUACAAUCUUCGUGACAGACUCCUCCAUGUUCUUCUUCAGCAACAUGAAUAUUGAACUGGAUAUCAAGGAUCCGGAUGUCCUUGUCGUGCCUUCCUUUUGCCAAGGAUUGCGUGUGGAGGACACACCAGAUGGGACAGAGUAUGGUUUCUUUGAUGAAUUCCUCUAAAUGGAGGCCAAAAUUGCAACCAAGCAUGUCCCGUCAGACCCUUUCGCUUCCUUCUAUGUGCGACCUAAGUACUUUGCAUGUCAACUGUUUCACCUUCCACUCCUCUAUGCUGAAAGACACCACAUAAAGGAAGAAAUGACAUAGAUGAGACAAUUAAUCAUGAUUAAUAACUACUAUCACAUCAGUCUUGCUUCCAAAACCCUUUACAAUUAAUGGAACAACAAAACCAAACUGUCAGUGGUUUCAACUAGACCUUGCUUUUUUUUUGCUUUUGUUUGUUUGUUUUUUUUUUUUUUGGUAUUUCAAUAAAAUCCAAGUUCCGUAAGAAUGCCAUUAA